CGAAGCGCAUCUUCCCUCGAGUCGCUCUGGAAAGUUCGGUGCCCUGCCUCCUCGUGAAGCGUCUAGAAGGUGCUAAUAGCCUUUAAAUUCAUAACUCUCUCACAAAUAUAUCUGUACACACACACACGCACGCACACACACACACACACACACACACACACACACACACACGCACACGCACGCACGCACGCACGCACACACGCGGUUGUGUUAGUUUUGCAACCUGCUACGGAACAGCUGGGUUAAUAUUAUAUAAUAAGCACAACAUUAGCUGUAAGGACAGAGAGCUGACACACGUCACGUCCCAUUAAUAGGACCGUAAAACUUAGACGUUUUAGUGCUAAAAUGACUGCAGAAGACGUGUUAAACGACGGGCAGAACAUCCCUAUGGAGGGUGAGGACAUCACUCCUAAGAAAGAUGGAGGAGUUUUGAAGCUGGUGAAAAAAGAGGGCACGGGUACAGAGACACCUAUGACAGGUGACAAAGUGUUCGUGCACUACGUCGGCACUCUUUUGGAUGGCACGCAGUUCGACUCCAGCCGUGACCGAGGAGAGAAAUUCUCAUUCGAGUUAGGAAAAGGUCAGGUGAUUAAAGCAUGGGAUAUCGGCGUGGCAACAAUGCGCAUUGGUGAAAUCUGUCAAUUGAUUUGCAAACCCGAGUAUGCAUACGGGUCUGCUGGAAGCCCACCCAAAAUUCCACCCAACACCACCCUGGUGUUCCAGGUUGAGUUGUUUGAUUUUCAUGGUGAGGACAUCACAGAGGAUGAAGAUGGUGGUAUUGUUCGUAGAAUCAUCACUAAAGGAGAGGGUUACUCUAAACCAAAUGAGGGUGCAUCUGUUGAAGUGCAUGUGGAAGGAACGCACGAGGGCCGCGUGUUUGACGAUCGGGAUCUGAAGUUUGAGGUGGGAGACGGAGAGAGUCUUGACCUCCCACUCGGAGUGGAGAAAGCGCUGCAGGCUAUGGAAGAGGGCGAAAUGUCCCUGUUCACCAUCAAACCAAAAUACGGCUUUGGCAAUGUGGGCAAACCCAAAUUUAACAUUCCACCGGGUGCAACACUGGAAUACAAAAUCACACUGACAAAAUUCGAGAAGGCUAAAGAAUCCUGGGAGAUGAACACCGUUGAGAAACUGGAACAGAGCUCUAUCAUCAAAGAGAAAGGAACGCAGUACUUCAAAGAUGGCAAAUAUAAGAAGGCUGUGGUGCAGUAUAAGCGCAUCGUGUCCUGGCUGGAGCACGAGUCCAGCCUGGAAGGUGAAGACGAAGAGAAAGCCAAAGCCCUGAGACUGGCGGCUCACCUCAACCUGGCCAUGUGCUACCUAAAACUGCAGGAUCCAAGCCCCAGCCUUGAGAACUGUGACAAGGCACUGGAACUGGAUGCAAACAACGAAAAAGCUUUGUUCAGGCGAGGAGAAGCGCUGUUUGCGAUGAAGGAGUUUGAUCGGGCGAGAGGAGACUUCCAGCGUGUGGUACAGUUGUACCCGUCUAACAAGGCAGCAAAGAGCCAAGUGCUGCAGUGCCAGAAACACCUCAAGGAGCAGCACGAAAAGGACAAACGCCUCUACGCCAACAUGUUUCAGAAGUUUGCCGAGAGGGAUGCUAAAAAGGAAUCCGAACAGGCAAAGAAAGAGACUGACAGUACGAUGGAGAUAGAGAAAAAUGGAGCCACCGAGCAGACUGCAGCAUAAAUAUGUGUUAAUUUUUUGCUAUUUUUUGUGUUCAUUAAUUUUUUUAAAUGUUUUUCCUUGGUUUUUGUUUUUUUACACAAUUUGUUCCCAUGAAAUGAAUGCAUGUGUAUAGGUAUGAAGCUGGAAGUCAGUACCCUAGAAUACUGUUUUUGUUCCCUUUCUCCAGGUCUCACUGGCACUGUGUGCAUUUAGUUUGUGUUUGUGUUCGUGUGAGGCAGGUAGUCGGCCCGGCUGUGUGUUUUUUUUUUGUUUGUUUGUUUGUUUGUUUGUUUUUUGCCUAUUCUGCAUGAACUGCAGUAAAGAAGGCUGUAAUGCUGAAUGGAAAUCUGUUCAGUAAUUACUAAGUGGUACUGCAGCCUUCAAUAAUGAGCCUGGCCAUGAUACUGCUACUAAACGAUAUAUCAGAUCACCACUAUGUAGUGCUGCUGUACUGAACAGGUUAAAGGCAUGGAACUAAAUUAAUCGUCAUGGCGACACGACUGUUCUGUUGGUAUUCUCUAUAUGGAUGUACACAUUUGAUAGCUGUUGGGUUUUUUUUUUUUAUAUCUGUUUGUCCGUAAAGCUGUUAUGUCCACACAACUGGAAAUGCAGUAUUUAUUAUUAUUUUAAGAAUGUUUGUUCUUAUAAUUGUUAGGUUUUAGAUGCUCAUAGAAAUCAAUCCAGUCUUCUGUUCCAGCCUACUAUGGUGCAGGGAAGUCAACUGUGUGUUUGUGUUGACACAGAUCAGGAUCCCUGGCUCAUAACUGAUUUUUCUAGAUAGGGACAUUUGAGCUGAGGUUGUAAACAGAUGAAAUUUAGACCUGUUUAUCAGCAGUCUGUAUGCUACUUAUGCUGGUUUGUUUGGGAUGCAUGAACAGAGGCGAGUGAAAUGUGGUAAUAGUUCUCUUCAUGUUACUAACGAUCCAGUGAUGUCAAAUAAAAGAAUCCAGUAACUUUAA